UGCAGCCAGGGUUAACUGGGUUUAGUACAAUUACAGUAUUUUCCAGGCUAAACUAUGAAAAAACCCUGCAACUUAUACGCCAGAAAAUAUGGUAACCAAAUAGUACACGUAAAGAUAAAGAAAUUAAAAGAAAAACAACCUUAUAAUUACAAGAUUUGAUUAAAAAAAAACAUCAACAACAUUUGCAUGCAAAAUAGGUUUUGGAUUAAAAGUUUAUCCAGGAUUAAUUGCUACAAUUUAUUAUUAAUUAUAUAAUAAACUUUGUAUUAAUUGUAUUGAUUAAAAACAGAAAGAAAAGUAAGUUACAUUAUAGAAGGGACAGUGUGUCGUUGCUGAAAGUUGCGGGAGGAACCCCGCAUCAAAGUGAAAGUGACGGUCACCUGCUCUCCUCCGUCACGGUGACGUCACGCGCGGCGCUCUAGGCAGCGCAGCGGAGGAAGUUGCUGCUUCCCCGGCUGAGGCGCGGAGCGACGGACGGCGCGUCCGCCUGCGGGUGACCGUCUUCCAUCAGGUGGACACCAUGAACUAUGUGGGCCAGCUGGCAGGCCAGGUCCUGGUGACGGUGAAGGAGUUGUACAAGGGGAUCAAUCAGGCGACUCUGUCAGGUUGCAUCGACGUCGUCGUUGUCAGACAGCCCGACGGGACGUUCCAGUGCUCCCCGUUCCACGUCCGCUUUGGAAAACUGGGGGUUCUGCGGUCCAGAGAAAAAGUGAUUGACAUAGAGAUCAAUGGAGAAGCUGUGGAGCUGCAAAUGAAGCUUGGAGAUAAUGGGGAGGCCUUCUUUGUCCAGGAAACAGAGCAGAACACUGAGAUUGUUCCCGCCCACCUGGCAACCUCGCCAAUCCCCACAGAAGAAUCUCUGAUCAGGAGCAGAGACUCCAGAUGUGAGAGGUCGUCAGCAGGGAUCGGUCAGCCCAACGACACAGCAGAUCCAGCCUCUGGAGACCUUCAUGUCUGCUCCGGCACCACCGGCAAGAAGAAGAAGAGACGAAGGAGGAAGCACAAAACCGACCCACGCAAGGAAGAGCAGACGUGUGCCGUUGUAGAGCCAGAUGAGAACAGUUCAGAUGAGGAUCCGCAUGUGGUUGGACGUGAGUCAUCACUGUUUUUGACAAAAGAGGACUGCAGACAUUCCCCUCUCAGUGCUCUGGAGUGGGACAGCUACCCGUUCUCUGAUGGAGAUUGGUCCCCCUGCAGCGUGGAUGGGUCCGACUCCAUUUCACCUAAAAGUGAUUCGGAGCUGAUGGUAAAGCCGGAGGAGAGCCUGCUGAGGGCCGAUGCUCACAUGCAGUGGAGCUGGGGGGAGUUUCCAGAAUCAACCAGGGUCAACAAAAAGGAUAAAUCAGAGCCAAAGACUUUAACCAUCACCCCUUCAGAGAACACACACUUCAGAGUCAUCUUGAGCUCGGAGGCCAUGGUGGAAGGACCCGCUGCAGGGCAGGAAACCACACAACCAGUUUGCCAUCUUGUUAAACCAGAACCUCGGACCAUCAAACCCGACCAGUGCAGCUGCAUCUCAGAUCACCCCGAUGCUUCGACACGUGGUCCGAACAUCCCAGCGGCCAAGUCAGACCUCCCUAGCAGCUUCUCCUCUGAGCCGAGCGUUUACAGUUCAGACGUUAGAGCAAAAACUACUCCCAAAGCCAGGUGGACUUCUUCUCCACCAAGUCGCAGAGACAGCUGCUCUGCUGCCAGUGCCAGAAACAAAAGCACCGGAGACUCGACAGCAGUUUGUCCCGAUGCAGGAGCCGGCAAAGUCACAGACUCCCCAGUCAAGAGGAAGGUUGUGAGAAAACGGAGCCAACAUCAGGGGCCAGAAGAUAUAUACUUGGAAGACCUGAAUGCUCUUGAACCUGAUGUUGCUGCUCGCUACUUUCCUAAAAGUGAGUCUGACCAAGCCUCUAAACACUGGGUGGAGACGAGUCAGCACUCCGGUUCCCAGUCGCCCCAGUCUGUUGGCAGCGCAGCGGCGGACAGCGGGACGGAGUGUCUGUCGGACUCUGCUGGUGACCUUCCUGAUGUCACCCUCUCUCUGUGUGGAGGCGUGGGGGAGAACUCGGAGAUCCCCAAAGAAAAAUUUAUGGAGCACAUCAUCACCUACAACGAAUUUGCUGAAAAUCCAGCAAUCAUUGACAAUCCUAACUUGGUGGUCAGAAUAGCAAACAGAUAUUACAAUUGGACAUUGGCGGCACCACUGAUCCUUUGUAUGCAGGCUUUCCAGAAGAACUUGCCAAAGGCCACAGAAGAGGCCUGGGUGAAGGAGAAGAUGCCCAAAAAGUCUGGACGCUGGUGGUUUUGGAGAAAAAGCAGCACAAAGCAGUUAUCAGAAACGAAGCUGGAGAGACAGGAGUCGCUGAGCACAGAGAGCCCUGCCCUCCACCAGGCCGCAGACACGCGGAAGAAAGGUGCGGAGUGGUCCAGUGAUGACGAGACUAAAGAACUGAACACAGCAGCACCAGCUCGUACGGCCACUGAGCAUGUGCAGACGGACGGCUCAGCUCCGGCGCAGUGCCACUUUUACAAGAAAUCCCUGCGCCUGUCCUCUGAUCAGAUCGCCAGUUUGAAGCUGCGAGACGGACCGAAUGAUGUUACCUUCAGCAUAACUACUCAGUACCAAGGAACGUGCCGCUGCGAGGGCACCAUCUACCUGUGGAACUGGGACGAUAGGGUCAUUAUCUCUGACAUUGAUGGAACCAUCACCAAAUCGGACGUGUUUGGACAGAUUCUGCCUCAGCUGGGUAAAGACUGGACCCACCAGGGCAUCGCAAAGCUUUACCACUCGGUUCACGAGAACGGCUACAAGUUCCUGUACUGCUCAGCCCGAGCCAUCGGCAUGGCCGACAUGACUCGGGGGUACUUGCACUGGGUGAACGACAGAGGGACGCUCCUGCCUCAGGGACCCCUAAUGCUGUCUCCCAGCAGCCUCUUUUCUGCUUUCCACAGAGAAAUCAUCGAGAAGAAGCCAGAGAAGUUUAAGAUAGAAUGUCUCACAGACAUUGAGAACUUGUUCCCACCAAACACUCAGCCCUUUUAUGCUGCUUUUGGAAACAGGAAGAGUGAUGUUUUCGCUUACAAGCAUGUGGGUGUCCCUGUGUGCCGGAUCUUCACGGUGAAUCCAAAAGGGGAGUUGAUCCUCGAGCAAACGAAAGGCAAUAAAACCUCUUAUGGCAGGCUGAGCGAGCUGGUGGAGCAUGUUUUCCCUUUGCGAGGCACUCAACACAACGUCACUUUCAGCUGCCCAGAGUUCAGCUCCUUCAGUUACUGGAGGCAGCCCAUUGCUCCGGCGUGUCUGGAGGAGCUGCUCUGACCUCCAGUUUUCCUUUAAGUUGCAAUGGGUUCCCCCUUUUUUUUUUUACACGCUGCUAAAUGACUGUGAAUUUCUUUGACAAUUUCAAAGAUUCUAAACUAUAGAAACUAUAAAUCUAUGUAGUGACUUUUGUGCCAUUAUUCCAAGCACAGAACACACUGUUUUAAGCAUAAAACAAACGGUUUCGUCUGCUCAAAAAUAAUUAUUUUGGUUGUGAAAGUGAAAAAUUCAUGAAAUAUAAUAAUUUUGCUCUUAAAAACUGAAAAACACGUGCAAUCCAAACAAUUUACAUUUGAGAGAACUGACACGUAAACCGUAAUUUUUUAUUUUUUCUUUGUUUCAAGUGCAUAUUUCUGUUUUAAAAACAAAAUAAUUUUUCAGCAAACAAAAUUGGUAGUUUCACGCUUGGAAUAAUGGCACAAAAACCCCUCAGAUCAGCUUAAAGGGAAUGAAAAACCAGAUUGUAAAUCUAA